UAUGGAUAAUAUUUUUCUAUGAACUCGGUCUUCUUCUCGUCGAGUAUUAUUGUUCUGUGAUAUCCACAAGUUCGAUUGUGAAAUAAUUUACAUUAUAUUACGUAAUUUUAAGUUGAAAAUUUCUGUGAUAUUAAUAUAAAAUCUCAUAAAAUGUCCAAUCCUUGGAAAAAAGUUUCAAUGCCCACGAACGUGCAAAACCUUACAGAUAUAAUGUCAGAAGAGUAUGCAAGAGACCUUCAAAAUAAAGAGGAAAUAAAAUUCGCUGAACAAAUAGGCAGUGCUUUUCAACCUGAACCGUCAAGUGCUAUGCAACCACCAAAUGAUAUAACCCCAGAAAUAAUAAAACAAAUUCAGGAAUCCAAUGUGAAAGAAUAUUGUGACUCAGAUGCGAUUAUUGCGAAAGUUUUACAAUGUCAAUUUGACAAAGAAUAUGAUGACGAAAUAAAGUUGGUAGAAAAGAAGCGCAAUGGUACUGCAAAAGUAUCGGUAUCUCUAGAUAAUUAUCGUAAUAUACCUGAACAUUUGGUAUAUGAAACUGAUUCAGAAGAAGACAUAGAAAAUAAUGAUAAAAAAGAUUGGGAUCAGUUUGAAACUAAUGAAAAGGAAUUUGCCAGUAUACCUAAACGUGGGUUUAUUAUCAAAGAUGGUGAAAUGAUUACUAAACAUGAUAGUGUUAUUAAUGGCAGAAGAAAUGCUUGUAGAGUGAUGGCUUUUCCUCCAGAAGUUUGCACUGGAGAUGGUGCAGGAUUCGAUAUGAAACUUCCAAAUCAUGUAUUCAAUCACCUAAAAGAACAAACUAGACAUCACCAGGCUCGUAAAAAUAAAAUGUUGGAUAGAAAGGAGAGCCAGGCAACAGCUGAAAUGGGUCUCGAUGAACCCACCAGGCUUAUUUUGUUUAAAUUAAUCAACAAUGGAUUGCUAGAAGAUAUUAAUGGUGUUAUCUCGACAGGCAAGGAGUCUGUAGUGUUGCAUGCAAAUGGUGACAUAACUUAUCCAGAUUUAUCUAUCCCCAAGGAAUGUGCAAUUAAGGUUUUUAAGACCACUCUGAAUGAGUUCAAAACUCGUGAUAAAUAUAUUGAAGCUGAUUAUAGGUUCAAGGACAGGUUUUCUAAACAGAAUCCCAGGAAAAUAGUGCACAUGUGGGCUGAGAAGGAGAUGCAUAAUAUGAUGCGUUUACAAAAGAUUGGAUUGAAUUGUCCUUCUGUGGUGAUUUUAAAGAAACAUAUACUUGUCAUGUCCUUCAUUGGAAAAGAUAAUAAACCAGCUCCAAAGUUGAGAGAUGUAAUAUUAAAGCCAGAGAAAUGGGAGAGUGUUUACCACGAGGUUGUUGAAGCCAUGCACAAAAUGUAUAAUGUGGGAAAACUGAUACACGCCGAUUUAUCUGAAUAUAAUAUCCUCUGGUGGGAUAACAAGUGUUGGUUCAUUGAUGUAUCACAGUCUGUCCAGCCAGACCAUCCAAAUGGUUUAGAAUUUUUAUUGAGGGAUUGUUGUAACAUAAAUAAUUUCUUUGAAAAGAAAGGUGUGCCAGAUGUGAAAUCUGGAGAAGAACUAUUCAAAUCUAUAACUGGCUUCGAUGAAGUAGAUGUCAACAUGUUAGAAGGUGUGCAUACAGUUUACAAUUCACUUUCCACUCGUUUUGAGAUAGCUCCCGAUGAUAAUAGAAAUGUGAGCUAUCCAUUUGAGUACUGCUGGCAAAAGGCUAAUCAGUUGUCAGAAGAUCAACAUAAAAACAAUACAGGAGAAGAGGAGUCUGAAGAUGGAUUUGACGAAAUGUGGACACAUUCCAUCCAGAAUAAGCUGGUGGAUACGGAUUCUGCUAAUUUUGCUAAUGAAAUUAAUACUCAAGGCAAAAAAGCUACAAAAGCCAUUGAGGAAAAGGUUGAUUUUGGAAAAGAGUUAAAUUGCAACAUACCCACAGAUGUUGAUGAUAAUAUAAGUAGUACUGUGGUUGAUAAAAAAUCUUAAAUGAAAUAAAUAUGUAUUUUAUGUGUUAAAAUUACAUUGAAAAGUAUUUCUAAAAAGAAAAAUAAAUGGCAAGUGAUUUUUGUAAACCUAUUUAUAUUA